AUGAUGGUCGUAGACAAGCAGCACGCCCUGGAUGAUCAGAUCAUCCACUUAACCGAAGACAACAUGACCUCCCUCCGCUAUGAAGUGAGCUCGGUUCGUGGUGCUCUUCGUGCCAAAUUCCCAGAAGAUAAGUUCCAGCACAUCCUACCCAACCUGGACCCUGAUCGAAUCAUCCCCGAGGAAGCCAAGUUUGAGGAAGUGAUUGGUCCUCCUCCGGAAUCCAACAUCUACGGGGCAUACGGGUGGACCAUGCGGGCUGACAGGAUUCCGCACUGUAUUUUCCUCACACAAUUCAUUGGUAUCCAAGUGGAGGUGGAGACACCCUUUAUCGAAGAACUUCUAUUGUGGGUCCAAAAAAUCAACAAUAACGAGGAUGUGCCAUGCCGAAACAGUCAGUGGAGACACAAUUUCUUUCAAAAACGAAGAGAUCGACUCAAGCAAAAACUUGGCAGUAUCUUGCAAAAGGAAAUCAUGGACCUCAUCAUGGUCACGCAACACUUCAAAAACGGAUCGCUCGCUGAAGAAGCUGGAUUCUUUUCCUUUUAUGCCGCUCUCUUCCAAAGAAAAAUGCUGGAUAAUGAUGAGCUAUGA